AUGCAGCCCAAUGACCUUCAGCAAUAUCUGGCUGACCAGCCACCUCUGGUCUUGCCUCUGAAGAUUGAGCAGCACUUUGAGAUCCUGUCUGAUCAGCAGAAGCGCUACAGCCAUUUCAUCAGCCGAGCCGCCAUUGCGGGUACCAGGAUUGGCUUGCGCCAGACCUCCCUCGAAGCUGAAGCCAUCUUCGACUUUGUAAUUGCCGUUCACAACAGCUGCAAUGGUGACUGGUCCUCUCUCGCCGCCAAGGCUGGAAUCGAGGCCGACGAAGUCUCAAGGCUCCUCGAAUACUCGGUCCAGGUCCUCGGCAAUCUGGGCAACUAUAAGAGCUUUGGUGACGCCAAGUUCUUGCCCCGCUGCAGCGUAAAGUCGGUAGAUGCAAUUGCUGCAUUGGUUCCCGAGGCGGCCAAGCACUACGAGAAGUGCAAGGCUGCCAUCUUUGACCACUCUCAGCAAUCCAAGAUGCAUCUUGGCUUCCUCGACGACGGUCACACGACCACUUACUACCCGGACUCCGAUGACAUCACAAAGGCUGAGAUUGAAGCUAUCAACACUUGGAUGGCUGACAAGAACCUGCUGCCCGAGAACACCAGACUGCGCAAGAAGAGUGACGGCUUUGAGAUUUUGAUCGCAUCUGCCAUCACUUCGCCUCCUACCGAGGGCACCGACAUUGGCAAGCAGACUGAGUUCACUGUCGAGGAUGGCCAUCUAAAGGGCAAGUCGAUCAAGCUCAUAUUCGGAGACUACUCCAACGAAAUGGCCAACGUUGCCAAGAAUCUCGAACGUGCUGCCGAGAACGCCGCCAACGAGAACCAGAAGAACAUGCACUUGGCUUAUGCCAAGGCAUUCUCGACUGGCUCCCACAAUGCUUUCAAGGACAGCCAGCGUUGGUGGAUCAAGGACAAGAGCCCCGCGAUCGAGUGCAAUAUUGGCUUUGUUGAGACUUAUCGUGACCCUGCUGGUGUUCGCGGUGAGUUUGAAGGCUUCGUCGCCAUGGUUAACCAAGAGCGCACUCGUGCUUUCGGUGAGCUUGUCGAGGCUUCGGCCCGACUCGUCCCUCUCCUGCCCUGGAGCGCCGACUUUGAAAAGGACAAGUUCCUUGCACCGGAUUUCACCUCUCUGGAAGUCCUCACAUUCAACUGCUCUGGCAUCCCUGCGGGUAUUAAUAUUCCCAACUUUGACGACAUUCGUCAAAAUGAGGGUUUCAAGAAUGUUUCGUUAGGUAACAUCAUGGGUGCCACCAACCCCAACGAGAAGAUUCCCUUCGUCAAAGAGGCAGACCUUCCGCUCUUAAAAAAAUACCGUGAGCCUGCUUUUGAGGUCCAGGUGGGCCUUCACGAGCUGACUGGCCACGGGUGCGGCAAGCUUCUGCAGGAGACUGCUCCCGGCGUCUUCAACUUUGACAAUGCCAACCCCCCAAUUUCUCCAGUUACGAAGAAGCCCAUCUCGACCUGGUACAAGCCUGGCGAGACCUGGGGCUCCGUAUUCGGCGCCAUUGCCGCCUCGUAUGAGGAAUGUCGUGCCGAGCUUGUUGCCAUGUACCUGGCCUGUGACUUCCAGGUUCUCAAGAUCUUUGGUUUUGGUGAUGGCACCGAGAACAUUGACAAUGAAGCGGGUGACGUUCUCUACGCUUCGUAUCUGGGCAUGGCCAAAGCAGGACUCGGCGCCGUCGAGAUGUGGGAUCCCAAGAGCCAGAAGUGGGGGCAAGCGCACUCGCAGGCUCGCUUCUCUAUUCUCAAGUGCUUUAUCGACGCUGGUGAUGAUUUUUGCAAGCUCGAUUACACCAAGGACGAUUUGUCGGAUCUAGUCAUCAGCCUGGACCGCUCCAAGAUUCUUACCACUGGUCGCCGAGCUGUUGGAGAUUACUUGCAGAAGCUUCACGUCUACAAGAGCACCGCUGACAUCAAGGCCGGCCUGGAGCUGUACAACCACAUGACUAAUGUUGGUCUUGACUUCUGGGGAACCAAGGUCCGUGACGUUGUUCUCGCAAACAAGCAACCUCGUAAGGUCUUUGUCCAGGCCAACACGUACCUGGAUGAGGCUACUGGCAAAGUGACUCUCAAGAACUAUGAGCCCACGCUGGAAUCUUUCCUCCAGAGUUGGGCUGACCGUAAGCUCUAA